AUGAAAAACAGACGCACUCUCACCAUCACUGCGUGUUCCGAUAUGCAGAGCGCGAAAUCGAGGAUAUUGAGCCCGAGAAACCUCUCUCCGGCGUCGAGCUCGGCUUCUACUUCAUCAACAACCGAUUAUCACGGCAGCGGCCUUGAAUCCCCAAAUAGUAUUCUCGCUCCAAUGAAACAGAGAGCCGACCAAUCGAGAAAGGCUAAAACCCUAAAAAAUUCAGGAUUUCUCCGAGGUCUUUGGCCGUCGACAGAUUCGUCAAAGGCGAAGAAGACGAUCGAUUUCAUCGGCGGUGAGCGGCGCGAGGAGUCGGAGCAGGGAAGGAGUAAGGGAAAAAUUGAUCGGAAUCCGCAGCCGCUUCUCGGGCGGCAGCGGAGCUGCACCGAAUUCAGACGGAUCCGGAGCCAGCGAGAGGAUUCUAAGGAGAAUCGCAAUCCAAUUUUGGGAGGAUCGACGCGAUACACGAGGAAAUCAAAUUUUCUGGAUAAAUCGCAAUCGUCGGAAGAAGAUAACGAAAAUAUCAUGCCGGGGAGAUUCUCUAUUGAUGAUGUGGCAGUGAGAAACAACUCGUUUUCGAAAUACGAUUCGGGCCUGAAUUUCGAUUUCUCGCUGGCGUCGUAUAUGGCCCCAACGGUCAGCUCGAGAAAGCACCGGAUCGACGCACCGUCAUCACGGUCACUGCGGUGGAGUGGUGAACAUCUGGAAAUUGAUAAUAAUAAGAAGAAUUCUCCGAAAAUUUGCAACUCGGGGAAGAAGGGUGGUGGAGAUUGGGCCGGCCUGUCGGCCCGAAUAGGCUCUCCGAGGGCUCCGAGUUCUCCGAAGCGGAAGGGAGUGAGGAAUAUUUUGAAUUUGGGGAUUAAUUUGGUGAAGGGGAGGAAAUCGUCGUCGGCUUCAUCUCCGGCCGGGCCGGGCUCGGCGGAGAAUGUGCAUCAGUUGAAGUUGCUGCAUAAUGGGUUGGCCCGAUGGAGAUUUAGCAAUGCAAAAAGUGAAGUUGCUAAUGAGAAUUAUGUCAAAAAUUGCGAGGAAAAAUUCCAACAUGUUCAAUUUGCCCUUUUCAAGAUUCGACAGUCUAUCCUACAAAAGAAAUUACAGUUGCAGGAGGAGAAAUUGGAGAUGAAAUUAAACUACAUAAUUCAGUCUCAGAUGAAGGCAUUGGAAGUUUGGGCAAACCUGGAAAGACAAUAUUCAUCAGCAAUUUCAAAUACAACGGAUUGCUUGCAUUCUGUUGUUUGCAAAAUACCCCUCGUUGAUGGAGCAAAGGUUGAACCACAGAUAGCUUCGGCCAUGUGUGAUGCAUCAAAUCUUGCAACCAACAUCAAUAUUAUGGUGGCUACCUUUCAACCUACGGUUGAGAAAAAUGUUGGAGUUGUGGCUGAACUGGCAAUGGUAGUAAUACAAGAGAAGCAACUAUUGGAAGAAUGUUUGGACCUUUUCAAAUUCAUCUCUACAUUGGAGUUGGAAGAGAGGAGUUUGAGGAGUAGCAUUAUGCAAUUAAGGUUGAUGCAGCAGCAGCAGCAACUAGGGAUAUUGGCGUAACUUCUUGUUACUCUCUCUCACUCACUAGAAGAUUUAGAUAGAUUUGUAAAAAAGUAGAGAAAUUUCUAUUUGAUUAGAAUGUGUAUUCUCUAUUAGAAAUUGUCUCCACAUACAAUAUGUAAAUAAAGUAAUUCUACAUUUGCUGAUAA